CAAGCUGCAUCUCCCUGGAUCCUAAGCAACCUAAGCCUUAGUCUGGCCCAUGACUUGGAGAAAUCCCAUUGGUAAGACAUCAGCUAAAGAUAGAGAAAGAACCCGAUUGCAACAGAGAACCAACACCAGUUCUGAAGUGACAUCAUACACACCGGCCACGUGCUGAUUGGACAGAAAAGCAUCUAGUUUGUGACUUCAUGCGCAAUCGGGGAUAGACAGUGGAACCUGACACGGUCGAGACAUGUAGGAUGAAGUGGCCGCCGCUGCCACUCAUUUUGAUUCUUUCCGUUUUUGGUUCCACACAUGCCCAAGACGACAGGUGCAAUGGCAUUUGCGGGCGACGUCCCCUGGCGUCCAGCCACAGCGGCUCGGUGCGGAUUAUCGGAGGCACGGAUACCCUUCCGGGGACAUGGCCCUGGAUCGUCAGCAUCCAGAUCCCGUCGCACCGGGGCUACGUCCAUUCCUGCGGAGGAUCCCUCAUCAGCUCGCGCUGGGUCAUCACCGCUGCCCAUUGCUUCUUAAAUAAAAAGUUUCUAGAGCAUUGGAAGCUGGUGAUUGGGGCCACUCAGCUCUCUCAGCCGGGCCCCGAUGUCCAGGAGCACACCAUCAAGAACCUGGUGGAGCACCAGCAGUACCAGAAGCACACGAACCUCAACGAUAUUGCCUUGAUGGAGCUGAGCCACCCCAUCAACUGCACCGACUACGUCCAGCUGGCCUGCUUGCCUGACACCACUGUGGACGUUUCGUCACUGACCCACUGCUGGAUCAGCGGAUGGGGAGUGACCGACGUCUCAAAGCGUCAGACGUCUGAUGUAUUGCAAGAGGCCAAAGUCAACAUCAUCCCAUUACAUAUGUGCAACAGCACUUACUGGUACAACAGCCGCAUCCAUUACAACAACAUUUGUGCCGGAUAUCAGCACGGAGGCAUUGACACCUGCCAGGGUGACAGUGGUGGCCCCCUCAUGUGCAGGGAGUCAAGGUCUGAGCGUUUCUGGGUGGUUGGCGUCACCAGCUGGGGAAGUGGCUGCGCACAAGCACAGCGGCCGGGCGUCUACACCUCCACCCAGCACUUCCUCGACUGGAUCAAAGCAGUAACCAAGGAGAACCUGAUCCACCCCAGUCACCAUGGAGGCAUGAAACCAAAGCCCACGAUGCCAAGACCCAUUGGCCGACCGUGGCACCAACAGUCACACCGCCCAAGCACCAACCCUAGCUCCGGGAACUGGAUCAACCCUUGGACCCAGCCGACCCCGAGCCCAGCCCCUGUGAUUUCGUGGGAAGAAUCCACCCUCGCCAAAGAUGAGCAGGAGAUUGUGAACUGGCUUCAUGCCCAAGCUGCCGCCAAUACCCGUCCCACCAUGCGCCCAGUGAUAACAAACCCCCCAGCAUGGCCACCGCCGACUCAGCGGCCCUUGCUGCAGACCCAUCGCCCAUGGGGCACCCCCAAUAUUAAUAGCUGGAACCAGCAAUGGCCCACUCCUCCCAAAACGACCUGGAAGUGGGGUCUGACCAGACCCAGAACAACACCAUACUAUGGUGGGCAGCAGGGCUACCAGAACUGGAACCUGGGCCUGACCAGGCCUCCCCCCAGGACCAGACCCCCAGCCCCAGUGCCCACACAACCUUCAUGGCAAUCGUGGGCAUGGUCUUACUACGGGCGCCCAAAGGGGACCACUAACCCCUAUUAGCCCCCAAUGGGGUUCCUGUCCUGCUAGUGAGCCUUUGUCCCUCCUCUAUCAGGGCAUCGUUUCUUGGGUGUCCUUCCGCCAGAUGUCCAUCAAGACCCAUUGUGUGUCAACUACCACAACCCUGAGCACAGGCCUUUGCCUCACUGCAUCCAGAGUUCCACCCAAGAGUUGACUUCCCAGAUUAGAAACAGAAAUCCCUUGGCUUUUGACAUAUGAGUUCCUUUGGUGAGAGAUGGAAAAUGCCGGAGGAAUGGGGUAGAAAACCAGCCAACACUGCCUGGAUAGAGGUGAUAUGUCCUUCCCAAGCGUCACCCACUGGUUCUUUUUUAGAGGGUCCAGCAUUCAUGCUCAGACUCUGCCACCUUGAUAGAGGGAGGCCAGAGAAGGUCCCAAGCUCACCUGGAAGAGUUAGGAGCCCUUCUCCUGCAACAACCCCCAAAACUGCAGUGG